AUGCUCAGGUCAGAGAAGGAGCAGUGUUCGGAAGCAGUCCCAAAGUUUGACGUUGAAGCAACGCAUUGGAUUGAUCUGUUUGUUGAUUUUAUGUUACAGAACAAGCCAUGCAUUUUGAAAAGCACGGCGACGAGGAACUGGAAGAGCAGGAAAGAAUGGGUGCUAGAAAAUUAUAAUAAUAACCAGACGCCAAACUUUGAUUAUUUUUCCACAAAUUACGGGGAACUUAUCGCGCCACUGGCUGACGAAGAAGCGGAAGAACGGACUGAUACACGGGUUUCAGAAUACAUGCAGUAUGCAAAGGAAACGGGCAGUCGCAGAAAUAUAAGAUACCUUAAAGAUUGGCAUUUCCAAAACCAAAGUGGUAGUGCUCCUGGUUGUGACUUGGGAGAUUCCGGAACAUCCUAUGAAUUCUAUGAUCUACAGUCAUUCCUUAAUUUUGAUUGGAUAAACAAUGAGCAGUGGUCCGGUGAUAAGAAUUGUUUUGGGGAUUAUCGUUUUGUGUACUUUGGUGUUAAAGAUAGUUGGACUGUUUUACACUCCGAUGUCAUGAGCUCUUAUAGUUGGUCAGCUAACAUUUGUGGUAGAAAGUUAUGGUAUUUUGUACCUAUUGGAAAUGAAGAGUAUUUCAAGAUAUGCCGUGAUACUUAUGUGCGCGACAUCAGGACAAUGCCUGAUAAAUGGGAAGCCGCAAAAAUUAUAUCUUUUAUUCAGGAGCCAGGGGAAAUCGUCUUUGUGCCUUCUAAUUGGUACCAUCAAGUUCACAAUCUGGGUGAUGCCGUAUCUAUCAACCACAAUUUUUUCAAUGCUUCUAAUAUAAAUCGCGCAUUUUCAAUGGUGUGUGAAAGGCUUAAAGAUGUUUGUAAAGAGAUAGAGGACGUCAGAGGAGUUUUUACGAAGGAGGAAUUUGAAAACCAAUGUCAAGUAACUGUUGCUUGUGAAAAAAACAAAAGACUAAAACUGCUAAAAAACUUCUUUGCCAUCACCAUUUUCAUAUACCUACUUGUAAAUCACGAACGCGACGACAUUGUUUUCCAGAUGAUCUUAAAGGCAGACAUUCGUAUAAAUUUCCAAAUGCUCCUCGAUUUAGUUAAACUUGUAGUGGCCGACCGGCAAAAGAAGGUAGACCAGUGCUGGAUAUGUUGCAGACACCCAAUAAUUUUUGACUGUAAAAAGGAUAGACGGUGUAUGGAAUACAUGAAAUCUUACGUGAAAUGCCGAUGUGAAUGUAGUGGGCCGCAAUUAUGCAAAAGUUGCACCCGUUUUAUCAACAUGUAUGAACUUACGUGCGCCUCGCAAUGCUGCAGCAUGAUACAACAUUACGCAGAAUAA